AUGGCCGGAAAACGCAAGAGAGAGACAGCCGUUGUCUCGCGAUCGAAAAAGUCCGAAGAGGCGAGCCCUCCGCCAGCAGAUAAUGCCCAGGACAUCUUUCGCAAAUACUUUGAGGCGCAGUUCGAGCCGAUAGAGGUAGCUCCUGUAAAACCUGUCGAUGAGUCCGAGUCGGAGGACGAUGAAGACGACGAAGAGGGCAGCGAUUUCUCAGGAGAGGAGUGGGACGGUGUCUCAGAAGAAGACGAGGACGAAAACAGGGUGGAGGUUGUUGAACACCGGGACGCCAGCACCGCUGGAGAUGAGAUGAUGGAUAAGUUGGCGCGGAAAGCGUUCCUGGACGGGAAACCCACCUUCGAUCUUACGCCAAAGACAAGUGCGAAAUUAAACCCAAAAGAGGAAGAGGAAGAAGCCGCCGCUGAUGCCGAUAAUCUCAAGCACGACCUUGCCCUACAACGACUGCUUAAAGAAUCACAUCUACUUGAAUCCGCAGACGACCUUGCACCUACCGGAAAGAACCGAUUGAAGGCUCUGGACUUGCGCAUGCAAGAGCUUGGGGCGAAGACGUCGCUUUACAAGCAGAAAAUGCCCGACGCACACCGACGAGGCAUCAACGCCAAGGCUGCAUCCAAGGACGAAAAGCGCCGACGCGAAGCUAAGGAGAACGGCAUUAUUCUUGAGCGACCCUCUAAAGUUACGAAGUCGAACAACAACGGACGAAGAGAGCGCGGCGUGGGAGGCUCUUCUAUCGGUAAGUUCUCGGGGGUACUUUGA